GAAAGUGUUUUGAAAAAUAAUAAUAAAUCCAGUAGGUAACGAACGAAUAUAUGCAAUUAAAACCAUAGCAAAACGCAAGAACGCAAAGCUAAGCUGUCUAAAGGAAAGAAAAAUCAAGAAAGGAGCGACACUGUUUUGGCCAGAGCGAAAGGUGAACAGAGUUCAUUUAUUUUUCUGCUAUUACGUGUGUGCCCCUGUAGCCGCCGGCAGACUAAGAGACCACAAGUGGCCCCAGUCCCACUUCCCAUAUGUGUUUGUAGUUAGCUGCGCGUGUGUGAGGUUUCAAGAGGCUGUGCUGCCAAAAAAAGAAACAAAUCGAACAACAGAGAGAACGCCGUUCCGCAUAAUCAAUUAAAAUGCCCAGAAAUCUUCCCAUGUUUCCGCUUGUGCUGUGCACAGUGGCAGUGUUCGCUGCCGUAGUGCCCAUGCCCGCUUUCGGAGCCGUUGCGACGCAUAAGCAUUCGGCACACGAGAAUCACUUGAGCAAGGAGCGGGUAAAGGACGGAAUCCAUGCACCGAGGGAUGCUCACCAUCAUGGCGAGGAUGGCGAGCACAAUGUGGAGUUCGACCACGAGGCCAUCAUUGGCAAUACGAAAGAGGCGCAGGAAUUCGACACGCUGACGCCGGAGGAGUCGAAAAGGCGCCUGCUCGUGCUGGUUAAGCUGAUGGAUCUCAACAAGGAUGAGUUUGUUGACCGACAUGAACUGAAAGCAUGGAUAUUAAGGUCUUUUAAAAAGCUUUCCGAAGAGGAGGCAGCUGAUCGCUUUGAUGAAAUCGAUCAAGAAACGGAUGAGAGAAUCACGUGGAAGGAGUACUUACAGGACACCUAUUCCAUGGAAGAUGAGAAUUUUAAGAAGGAGACCAUCGACUUUGACAACUACGAGGAGGAGCAGAAAAUGAUUAAGCAGGAUAAGGAGAUGUUUAAUGCAGCCGAUAUAAACAAGGACGGCGUGCUGAGUCUCGAGGAAUUUGUGUACUUCCACAAUCCCGAGGAACAUCCACAGAUGCUUCCCAUACUCCUGGAGCACACCAUGCAGGACAAGGACUUGAAUCACGAUGGCAAGAUUAAUUUCCAGGAGUUUGUGGGCGAGGCUGCCUCACAUCACGACAAGGAAUGGCUUCUAACUGAGAAGGAGCGCUUCGACAAGGAUCACGAUAUCAAUGGGGACGGUGUGCUCACGGGCAACGAGGUGCUCUCGUGGAUAGUGCCCAGCAAUACGGCGAUUGCUAGCGAUGAGGUGGACCAUCUGUUUGUCUCCACCGACGAGGAUCACGACGAUCGUCUCUCCUAUCUGGAGAUCCUCAAGAACUAUGAGACUUUUGUGGGCAGCGAGGCCACAGACUACGGAGACCAUCUGCAGAACAUCAACCACCUGGCCGAUGAGCUCUAAUAUGUAAAUCUGUAUUACGAAUGAACUCUGCUGUAUAGAGUUAUACAACAUUUGUGUGUGUGUAGCAUUAUACUUCCCAUUUGUAUAGUUAGUAAAUGUAUGUUUUAUUUAUGUAAAUCCAAGAAUCCCCCCAAAAUGAAGCAAAAAUCAAUAUCGCUAAUUGAGCGUUUCUUACGAAUUUCAUUUGCAUGUCCAAGCUUGCCAUCUACGUGUACCAAUUAAAUUAUGUGUAGUAAUUUAUACAGACACCAAAUCUACAAUAAUCAUAAUAAGAAUAAUGUAAUAAAUCAUUUUUACUAAAAUAUUUAUGUGACCAAAGCUGUAUUAUACCUUUACACGUGCCAUAAAUGUUUUUUAGUUCAAGGGAAACAUUGUUUAAUUAUGUUUUGUAUGACUAGAGUUGAGUUUUUCAAUCGCUAAAUUAGAUUACUUAUGAAUAAUUGCUGUCUAUGGAGCGUAGCCCAUUUAUACAAAGGUUUUUUUUAGCAGCGUGUUCCUUUGACUAGAUUUCACACUCGUCUGUACCGAAAAAUAUUUAUGCUUAGCUCUAUGACCCUAUGACCUUAUCUUAUUUUGCGGUUAGCUUUAUGCCACAAAAUACAAAUCGAAUAUUUAUGUUUA